UGGAUAGUCCGGAAUCAAAUGAGACUAUACUAUCACCCGAAUCGAAGAAGAAUCAUAGACACAAUCGACGACGACGAGACUGAGAGAUCAGAUAGUGCGUGCGAGAAAAGAUGCCGGUGAUGGAGAAACUCAGGAUGUUCGUCGCGCAGGAGCCUGUCGUCGCCGCCUCCUGCUUAAUCGGCGGUGUUGGACUCUUCUUGCCUGCUGUGGUGAGGCCUAUUCUUGACUCGCUCGAGGCAUCUAAGCAAGUUAAAGCGCCUCCACUUACCGAUGUUAUUGCUGGAGUUACAGGGAAGAAACAGACCUAAUCCGAGCAAUGAUUUCAUCUGUUUUCCUACAUUCAGAUCAUCAUUAUUCCUUUUUGUCUUUAACUCUUUCUAUUUGCAAAUGAAAUAAGCCAAGACUCCAUCUUUUUUUCUUGUUCUGGAACUUUUUAUACAGGCAUUUGUGUUUGUACACUCUUUUCAUCUUUUUAUCAGAUGUAAUGGAAAAGCUUGAAAGUUUUUGUUUGCCAUGGCU